UCUGCUUUGCUUUCCUCCCUAUGUGACCUAAAUCCAGUUUGUCUCCUGUCCCUUAAGGCAGACUAUCACACAGCCUGCAAGAUAAGCUGCGAGAAAGCAAGGCACUGUGGAGCUUUUUGCCCUCUCUCCCUCUCUCCAUCCUCCCCUCUCUCUUUCUUUCUCUCUCUCUUGGAGUAGUUAAUACCUCUUUGCCUUUCUGUCCUCAGAUCUCUGGAUCUCCGACACCAGAUUCUCUCGGAGCGCGUCGGGAUGAUUUACGCCGAGCAGAGAAAACCGAUGGCCCUCCCUGGAAGGCUUUUAUAAUAUUCUCAUCCGAGGGGACUACUUUUAAGGUGCGAUAACCAGCUGGAUCCAUAAGAGAAAAAGUCGUAAUGUUAGACGAUAAGGCGACGAGAUCCAAACUCGGCGCUCCGUCUUUUUACAUCGAGAAUCUGCUGGGGACCUCCAGCGGGGAUUCCUUGGCCGAGGAGCGGGUGGGGACCCCCGGAUUCAAAGUUAGGGGGGCUGCUCCCAACCCGGUGGUCAGUAUGGGGCUGGAAACGGGCCAUCCUCUUUCAAACAUUGGAGAUCUUCAUCGGUCCGGCAUCUCAGAUAAACGGGGCACCCAUGCAGCACCAUGUCGAGGGGAUUCCCAAGCUUUACCAGACUCAGGGGAGGAGAGCGAUGAAUCGGAGGAGAAGGGAGACAAGAGUUUAACUAAUGACAGGGAGGAAGAAAGUGUGCAUUCCUCCUGCAUCUUAGGGGAGGAUAAUUGUGAUGCAGGUGAGGUUAAUAUGCUGCGGAAGAAGAAGACGCGCACCGUGUUCAGUCGUACUCAGGUCUUCCAGCUGGAGUCCACCUUCGACCUGAAGCGCUACCUGAGUAGCACUGAGCGAGCUGGGCUGGCCACUUCUCUGCAGCUCACAGAGACCCAGGUCAAGAUCUGGUUUCAAAACCGCAGGAACAAGUGGAAACGUCAGAUCACUGCCGACAUGGAAACUAGCAGCGCCCUCGUACCUUACGCUGCCCACAGGGUUGUCAGAGUUCCCGUGGUGUACCAGGAGAACGUCAGCAUGCCUGGGACUCUGACCGGCCUGCCUCAGCUGUCACCACCAGUUAUUGGGGUCUCAGAUCCCAUCACCUAUCCAUUGACUGGUCACCUCACCCACCCAGUGAUGUUCAUGUCACCACAGAUGACAGGACUGGUAUGAUGUAAGGAGCUUUGGAAGUCAAGAGACACUAUUAGAAAUUCUAACAGACCAAUUUAGAUGCCCUGAAAUGUUUUCCAAACCUCUGGAGAUUAUUCAUCACGUGCUAAACUAUUUCUCUUGGAUGUCUUUGCUUGAUAAAUACAAUCCUCAAACUAAAAAUCAUCAACUUUCCUUUUUAAGCUAAUGGUCUUUUUGAAGGUUGAGGAUGUUUCACACAAGACUCGAAUGCCCCAGUUGUAUUUUUGAUCACCUGUUUAUUUUUCUCUGAAAAUAUUCACUUGAUGCACAUACAGAAUAUGAGAUCAAAUCGGGAUCAAUAAGACUGUCAGCUUCUGAAAUUCCUGUUUUAAAAUGAUGCAGCUCAGACCUGCAGCUAGAAAACAAAUUUGCUAAAAAAAAAAAAAAAGGGUUGCUUUAAAUUAUGUGCAAAUGAACUCAAUAACACAUGGACUACAAAAGCACAAUUACUCAGCCUGAUGUUAAAGAGUAGAAUUUUCUAACCGUA